AUGGACGACGACGGUAUGGGUGGCUUCGGGGACGGCCGCAACAGCGACAGAAGCAACUGGGACCUGCACGACUUCCUGCACUUCGCCUGCGGUGACGCCUUGGCGCCGCCGCCGCCGACCGACGACGACGACGACGACCCCUUCGCGGUGUACCCGCCGCUGGCGCCGCCACCGCCUACCAACGACGACGACCCCUUCGCGGUGUACCCGCCGCUGCCGCCGCCGGCGCUGCCGGCUUUCGACCCUCUCGCGUCGUUCCUGCAGCCGCAGCUGCACUACGGGAUCCCUGACGACAUGGAGUGGCAGCAGAUGGCCCCGGACCAGCUGCCGGCGACAGAUCCGGCCGCUGUCGUCGUCGUCAGCCCCGGCCAGGGCAUCUCUGCUGCGCCGCCCCAGCCGCCGCAGCCGGAUCUGCCCGAUUCGGCAGAGUGCGACCUGGACCUGCUGCUGCAGGACGAGGGCCCCAUCGACGUCGAUGCCCUAUCGGACGACGACUGCUGCAUGGUCAUCUCGCCGGUGUCGUCGGUCCAAGCUCAUGUGGCGCCCCCGCAGCCGCCGUCUCCGCCAAGAACCCAAGCGCCCGCGCCGUCCGUCCUGCAGCCACCAGCUGCCAAUCCCCCGUCGCCCGACAUGACGGGGCCUUCCAGCGACGGCGCCGGCCCCAGUCGACCUAGGAGAAGCACGAAGAAGGACCGGAGGACGGUGACAAGGUCGUGGGACCUGAACGACGGCGCGCCGCCGCCGGACACGUGGAUGUGGCGCAAGUACGGGCAGAAGGGGAUCAAGGGAUCCCCGCACGUGCGCAGCUACUACAAGUGCAGCACCGACAAGCAGUGCACGGCGCGCAAGUACGUGGAGCGCUGCCGCGACGACUCGAGGUACCUGGUCGUCUCCUACACCGGCGAGCACACCCACGACACGCCGCUCAACCGCAGCGUCGCCGUCACCCGUAACAACGACUACGGCGUCGUGAAUCCGCCCCUGCCUCCGCCACCGGUCGUCCCCAACAUCACCGCCGUGGCGCAGGCGGCGGAGGCGCCUGCUCCGCCGCCCUCGGUGACGCCGGCCUCGCUGUCGCCCACCGCGCCGCCGCCUGCGCCACCGUCACCGUUCCCCAGGAUCCCAGCAGCCGUGAAGGGCAAGCAGAAGGCUCCGGCACCCCUGCCGGCGCUCCCAGCGGCCUCGCUGUCGCGGAUCCUCAAGACCCUCGUCGAGGAAUCGCGGAAGGCUCCUGCUCCGCCGGCGAUUGCGGCGUCGGCCUCGCUCUCGCCGACGACGCCUCUGCGCUUGCCGUCCGCGGGGCUGGAGCUGGACGUGGAGGAUUACCGCGACGCCUCCGCCGUCACGAUGAUGAUCGUAGACGCGGACAAGCCCCAAGACGGCGGCGGCCUUCCGCUCCCCAUGCCCGAGGAGCUCGCACCGGUCCACCACGGCGCACCAGGCGGCGGCAGCAACUAUAACAUGGUGUUCCCGGCGAGCUAUGAUGAGACGACGGCAGCAGGCAGCAGCAGCAGCGGAGAUGGCAGCACCAGGACGGCCGCACCAGUCCCGGCCCCCAUCGGGAACCUCGUCGACGACACGUUCUGUCAGCAGGAACCAUGGGGCAGCUUCUGGUACUGGCCGUGA